AUGAACGAGUCGCCGGAUAGCGUGCAAAUUCCCAGCAGCUCUUCGCCACGACCUCGAUCUCUUCGCAGCGUCUCCUCCACUUCCUCUUCACCACUGCAGCUUCCCAGCGACACCUUGGCUCUGCUCGGACAGUUCCAAGAGCAGAAAGAGGAGGAGCAAGAAAGGUUCAGACAAUUGGAGGAGAGGGCAGAAAUUAGGAGAAGAGCUGCUGCACAAGAAGCGCUGGCAAGUAAAAUCUCGCAUCUGAGCUUGGAAGAGGAGAGCAAGCGGUCGGAAAGUCAUGCUGCGCCUGUAAGGAUAGCGAAGCCUGCAGGCUCGACGGAAGCGAAAGGGGCGAUCAAGAAGAAAAAGAAGAAAAAGAAGAAAAAGAAAAGCAUGAUCAACGGCGUGGACACAACUGAGGUAACAACGAAUGAUGAGACCGACGCGCUGGUCGAGCGUAUGAGUGUCGAAGAUUUCCGCAAGGGCUUUGGGGAAGAUUGGCAGCUCAGCCAAUUCUGGUGAGUUCGUGCUGCCACUUGUACAGCUCGCAGACGCAGCGUCUAUCUUCUGGCGGUAUCCUUGCGGGAGCUGGUGUGCGCUUCUGAAGACUGUCGAAGCGACAUUGCAUCGCAAGUCGGCAUCAAACUUGCUCGCCAUCGUGGGGUCCCACUUUCUGCAAGCGCACCCAGAAUCUACCUUUCAAUCCUGCUGUACUCACUGCCCAACACGGUGUCUUGACAGGUACUCUGCAGGAUUUGCGGCAAGACUCGCACACCUCAUGGCUCCUAUCUUGUCCAGCAGCGAUGUUCUGGUAUUCAUAUCUUCCCCGACGGCGUACGUUGGCUUUCAGCAUGCAUACAAUCGCAAGCAGACGUACCUGCUCGAAUACGAUCGGAGGUUCGAGCUGAUCGAUGCGGAAGAAUUCGUCCACUACGACCUCGAAGAGCCCUUGAGAGUGCCCGCGCAUCUCAAGGGGAAAGUCGGCUUCGCCGUCGUUGAUCCUCCAUUUCUGAACGAGGUGAGUACUGAUUUCUACGGCUAUUGUCAGCAGGUCUCAGCGCGCCCAAUGCUGAAAGCUCACAACGCCGCUGGUCAUGCUUCGGCAAUGUGCAGGUCACCUCUCGAAAGGUAGCAGAGACGGUCAAGGAGCUAUUGGCUCCAGAUGGACGCAUGCUAUUGCUCACUGGUCGGAGUAUAGCGGACGCGGCGUGCGGCAUUUACAAAGAGGUGGCGGGUGUGAAACUCAAAGAGACAGCUUUGAAGGUGGAACACGCGGGAGGAUUGGCAAACGCAUUCGGGGCAUGGGCCAGCUGGCCAGACGCCGAGAAGUUUGGAAUCGACGGCACGUGA